AUGCAUCAAUCAAAGGACGAAUCAACAAAAAUCGACGAAGGGAAAGAAUUAUUGAAAAUUGAUGAAAAAGAGGAACUCUAUGAAAAGAAAACGACUUGCGAAUGCAAAGAACAAAUUAUCGCUAAAGAGAAAAUAAUUGAUUCUUUAAAAGCUCGUAUUGAGGAAUUAGAAACCGAUUCUAUUAUUAAAAAUCAAGAUAUCAAGAAACUUCAGCAAGAGACUAAUGAUUUGAGAGAAAGUAUUCAAGAAAUUCAGUCAAUACUGAAAGCAAACAAAUUCCUACUUGGAACAUCCGUCAAGAUAAAUAAAAACACCAAAGUUAAAGAAUUUAUCAAACCAGAGAUUAAUUUAGAGAAUGAUAAAUUAGAUUUUGAUGAUUAUUCAUUUCGUUUCGAUUCUAAACUAGAAGUCCAGAAAGAAGAGUAUGAACAUGAUUCAUUUAAUUUCGUAAAUCAUGAUAAUUUAGAAGAUGAGGAGGACAAGGUUUCAUUUGGGGAUCUUUCGCAAGGUUCUGAAACCAAAGAUCUUUCAGAUAUAGAACAAAAGUCAACUUGUCAAGAUAGUGAAAACCACAAUAGCACAAUUAAAGAUAUUCACGCAACAAUUAUAAAUUUCAAUCACGAUGAUCUAGGCGUUUUACAAUUUUUAUAUACCCCCAAAGAUUUAAUGGAAUAUAAAAAUUCAGAUGAAUUUCAAACGUUGCCCAUUAAUCUUCAAGAAAUGAUCGGUGUAAAGAAUAGUUUAGAAGGGAAAUCGGAGAUUGAGGAUUCGAAUAAUAAAACAUGUGCGGCUAAACAUAUUGAUGUAAAAGGAGAAAUUAAAAAAUUAAGAAGUAUAAACAAAAAAAUAAUUGCAGAAAUAGAAUAUGAAAAUAUUAAGCGGUUUACGGCCAAUAAAUAUAUUUGA